UAAAAUAUAGAAGACAAGAGAUCAAAGUGUCUUUUCUAAUGCCUCUGCCAGUUUUAUGCUCAUCCAGAUUCUGUCCACGUUUGGUUGAAUAAUUACAGGGCAAAGUUAUUCUUUCACUGUGGCAAUGACAGAAAGGUAAAUUGUUAACAAAAGACUGGGUAAGUCCAUAACUGCUGACCUUCUCAGAUAUCUGUGAUGUGACUUGGGGCCACUAUGUAACCAAGAGCCUAGUGUGAUAGCUACAAAUGGGCCUGGAGUACCAUCAAUCCAUCCAGUCUUCCACCCGUCUUCUCUUAAGUCACUGAAGUUCCUUUCAGGCCUCCAACUCCUGUUGCUGCUACCCAUCCCCCACGAAGCAUUUGCUCUCUGAACACAGGUGUCUGUAGUGGGUUAUGUUCAUUUGAGACUUCUCCAUCGGGGAUCGCCUGGUGUCCUAAGUGUCUGCUGGUGCUGGAGUUUGCUGUCUGCCUUCCUGCCAUGUCUAACGAAGUAGAAACGAGCACAACUAAUGGUCAGCCUGACCAACAGGCCGCACCAAAAGCACCGUCAAAGAAGGAAAAGAAGAAAGGCUCUGAAAAGACAGAUGAGUAUCUCUUGGCCAGAUUCAAAGGUGAUGGUGUAAAAUACAAGGCCAAGCUAAUUGGCAUUGAUGAUGUGCCAGAUGCAAGAGGGGAUAAAAUGAGCCAAGAUUCUAUGAUGAAACUCAAGGGAAUGGCGGCAGCUGGUCGAUCUCAGGGUCAACACAAACAAAGGAUCUGGGUCAACAUUUCCCUUUCUGGGAUAAAAAUAAUUGAUGAGAAAACUGGGGUAAUAGAGCACGAACAUCCAGUAAAUAAGAUUUCUUUCAUUGCGCGUGAUGUGACAGACAACCGGGCAUUCGGUUAUGUGUGUGGAGGAGAAGGCCAGCAUCAGUUUUUUGCCAUAAAAACAGGGCAACAGGCCGAGCCAUUAGUCGUUGAUCUUAAAGACCUUUUUCAAGUAAUCUAUAACGUAAAGAAAAAGGAAGAAGAAAAGAAAAAGAUGGAAGAAGCCAACAAAGCAGUAGAGAAUGGGAGCGAGUCCCUAAUGAGUCUUGAUGACCAAGCUAACAAACUGAAAUUGGGUGUUGACCAGAUGGAUUUGUUUGGGGACAUGUCUACACCUCCUGACCUAAAUAGUCCAACAGAAAGCAAAGAUAUCCUGUUAGUGGAUCUAAACUCUGAAAUCGACAACAAUCAGAAAUCUUUAAGAGAUGAUUCAUUCUUAACAAAUGGCAUCACCUCCUGCUCUCUUCCUCGACCAAAGCCUCAGGCAUCUUUCUUGCCUGAAAAUGCCUUUUCUGCCAAUCUCAACUUCUUUCCCACCCCUAAUCCUGAUCCUUUCCGUGACGAUCCUUUUGCACAGCCAGAUCAAUCGACACCUUCUUCGUUUGAUUCUCUCAAAUCUCCAGAUCAGAAGAAAGAGAAUUUGAGUAGCUUGUCUACUCCACUGAGUAAUGGGUCCCUGAAUGGGGAUGUUGAUUACUUUGGUCAGCAAUUUGACCAAAUCUCUAACCGGACUGGCAAACAGGAAGCUCAGGCAGACCCAUGGCCCCUUUCAAGUACGCAAACACAACCAGCAGUGAGAACUCAAAAUGGGGUUUCUGAAAGAGAACAGAACGGCUUCCAUUUCAAAUCCUCCCCGAACCCUUUUGUGGGAAGCCCUCCCAAAGGACUGUCUGUACCGAAUGGCGUAAAGCAGGACUUGGAAAGCUCUGUCCAGUCCUCACCACCUGACUCCAUAGCCAUUAUCCCACCUCCACAAAGUGCCAAACCAGGAAGAGGCAGAAGGACUGCUAAGUCUCCAGCAAAAGAUUUGCUUGCAUCAGACAUCUUUGCUCCUCCCGUCUCAGAACCUCCAGGCCAGACAUCACCUACCGGACAAUCUGCAACCCAGACCAAUCCUCUGGAUCUCUUCAAAAGAAGUGCUUCUACCCCAGUGGGACCCCUUGCGGGUCUAGGUGGCGUAUCAGUUACACCCUCUCAGGCAGGACCAUGGAGCCCAACAUCUUUAGUCUUCAGUCAGUCCACUUCAAUGGUCCCAGGAGCCGUGAUGGGUGGUCAGCUUUCAGGAUUCUGUCAACCAGUCAUUUUUACCACAAGCCCAGCUGUUGCAAGUUGGAACCAGCCUUCAUCCUUUGCAGCCUCAACUCCCCCUCCAGCCCCUGUUGUUUGGGGCCCAUCAGCAUCUGUAGCACCCAAUACUUGGUCAUCAACAAGCCCUUUGGGGAAUCCUUUUCAGAGCAAUAUUUUUCCAGCUCCUGCUUCCUCUGGCCAGCUCUCCUCUCUCCUGGACACUCCUCCUCAACCACCUCCCAGAACUGGCCCUCCAAAGGAUAUCUCCAGUGACGCCUUCACUGCCUUGGACCCACUUGGGGAUAAAGAAGUCAAGGAAGUGAAAGAAAUGUUUAAGGACUUCCAAUUACGGCAGCCACCUGCUGUGCCCGCAAGGAAGGGAGAGCAGACUUCCUCUGGGACUUCAAGUGCCUUCUCCAAUUAUUUCAACAGCAAGGUUGGCAUUCCUCAGGAGAAUGCAGACCAUGAUGACUUUGAUGCUAAUCAACUGUUGAAAAAGAUCAAUGAACCACCAAAGCCAGCUCCCAGACAAAGUGCCCUGCCAGUUACCAAAUCUGCUGACAAUGGGUUUGAGAACCCUUUCUCUAAAGAUUCUUUCAGUUCAUCACAAGCCUCUAUGGCUUCUCCUCAACCCACAUCACCUGACGUUUAUAAGGAUCCUUUCGGUAAUCCUUUUGCCUAACAUCUGAACUUGGCAUGCUGACUUUCCAGAGGAACAAAAAGGUUGGCCGUAGUAGUCAAGGACAAAACUAAUAGCCAGACAAGUCUUGCCCGCUGCCCCUGUUCUAGCUUUGACGUAUUAUCUGUUGCCUUAUUUCUUGCUGCCUCUUCCACUUGUAAAAUGCCUUUUACUUUCUGUUUAAAGCUAAACUGAAUCUAUGGUUUUAAAUAAAUUAAGAACCUAAACUCUCUAGCUUAAAUGUAAAUGAAGUAGUAUUCCUACUUGAAUCCUUGCCUUUUGUGUCCCUAGAACCUUCUAGAACACUCCCCAAUGUACCCUCUGGUUGGGAGAUGCAGCCACAACAACCCUUUAGAUCAUACCAUUCUGAAUAAAUUUGAAAAUCCUUACUGUUCAAAAUCGUUUGGGGGUUCUGUUUUAGAGCAUAAAACCUGAAGAUUGUAGUAGGACAGGGCAGAAUCUUAACUCCUGCUUCAGACCAUCACUUAUAGAAAAUUUUUAAAGUAAAAUUGAAGCAAGUCUAACUUCUUCUUAGACAUUUUGGAAUCUAACACACCUAAGAACCUUUUUAAAGAUAAAACUUCUCACUUUCUUAAGAUUGUUUUUCUCUCAAGGACAAGAUUAUCCUUUUCCAAUCUCUUGCUAGCUAUCGAAUUGAGGAAAAGCAUUAUUUGUCUCUCCUCUCCUUUUCCCUCUGAUUCUCUUUUCAGUCAGUUUUGCUCCCAGGUUGACCUCUUUUUUAUAAGCAACAGAGUUUUAUGGAGCAAAAAAUUCUAAUCAUUCACACAUCUGAAACCUCUCUGCCUUCUCAGUAAUGGCUAAUCCCAGUAACAAGAAUUGCAAAUGGGCACAACCUUUAUCCUUUCUGUGGAAUAGGGGGCCAUCCUUUUGAGCUGAAGUUCCAGCAGAGCAGUACAUGUUGAAGAAAAGCUGAACUCAACUCAGCAGUGAAGGACUGUGUUCUGAAGAGCAACACAUCACAAAGUUAAACGUGAUUGUGCCAAACAUAUUAGGUGCUUAUUUGGGGUCAUACUAGACCUUUAUCAAGUAACUGGAAAACUUUCUUGAAGCCACAGUCUCAUAGUUAGUAGGAGGAUAAAUGGAAAAAAAGAGAAAAAAAAGCUGUAGAACAAGUAUUUGGUGUUAUCAAAAACCUAAUGUCUGCAAUAUUUUUCUCCUCAUAACCUUGGAAACUUUCCCAGUUCAUUUUCAGUCCUAUUGUUAGCACAGUUCUGAAGGGUUUGUUCUUGCCAAAAUGAGUUUUGUUCUAUGUUGGGGUUUUUAAUGUUGUCUCUUGACCCCUAAUGCUCAGGUUUGUGUGGAUAUUAAUCAACCACAUACAAUGUUACCUUUACAUGGAAGAAGAGGAUGACUGCUCAGGAUCUGAACAAGAUGGCGGCCUCAUGAACCUCUAUUGAUUAGCCCCAAGAAGUCCUAGCUGAAGUCCUAGCUAAAGUCCUGUGGUUUUGUGUUCAAUGGUAAUAGCUGAUCAUGGAUGGUGUAAUUUUCCAUCUGACUUCCUACUCAGUCGUCAUAAACACAGACUUGAAAUAGUAUUUUAUGUGUUCAAAUACCUAAAUGUGCUAAACUGGAGGUAAUUAUUUCUAGGUAGUUGAAUUUUUGAAAGUAGAAAAAAUUUUGAAAGUAAUGAUCAGCCACACAACUGUUUUGUACAUACUUUUUUUCUUGUGCACUUUUCUGUAUGCAGAUAAGGCUAUAAAUUUACUCAUUUCAAUAAACUGAAAUGGCAAAAUC